AUGGCAGUUGGGGCUGCGAAGUUGGGACAUGGGUGGUCCAGGCCGCAGGUGGUGCUCCUGCUGUAUACUCUGGUGCGAGUUGCGGCAAAUGUGUGCGUGGUUGGUGCGCCUGUUUCAGUCUACGCGCCCAUCACGACUUCCGAGCCGCGUUUGGAGCGUCGAAGUCCACGUACCGAUGAGAUGAUCGGUCGGAUUUUCGAUGCAGUCGCGAGACCUGUGGUUACGGGGCUAGGAGUCUACUGCUUCCUCUGCAAUAAGAGCCGUUUUUCGGAGAAAUUGCGGCUGCAUGUUUGGAGCAGGAGGACGAUUUUCUGCCUUGCUUGCUGCGCUACUGACCAAAGCGUGUUGCGUGACUUUCCCCAAGGACGUUACAGACUGCCAGCACGGAUUGGUUGUUACAUCUGGGAGACCGUGUGCAAUGCCUUGCAGGUUUACAUGACAAUCCUCAAGCUCAAAGCUUUGGGUUGGGGCUUCACGGCCUGGAGCUGCGAGGUUCUUCUCGUCAUCACUUUUAGUUGCUUGGCUCCUUCCUGUUUGUACGAGCUGAUCGUUUACCCCAAUUGGUUGGCCUCUAUGUUCGUUAAAGUCUCUUUAUUCACUUUCGUCUUGACUUUUCUUGUGCAGAGCUUGGCGCUGUGCUCCGCAGCCGCCUGUGCUUUGCUCCAUGGUGGAAGUGAUGAAACCAUUCAGUGCUCGGCGUACUGCUUGUGCCUGAACGGAAUACUAGCAGUUGUGGGGCCUGCUCUCAGCAUGUGGUCAUGGAUGUCCAUGGUUCGCGAUGACUAUUUUGAUAUUUAUUUCGCUGUGUGGGUGGUGUCGAUUGAUGUCGGCCUCCAAGUGCUUGCCACCCUUUUGCUGAGCGGCUUGAUUGGCCCGAAAGGCUGGGAUAGGCCCAUGGAAGCCUUCCGCAGGUUGGGGCACCUCUCGGGCUUCGGCUUGGCAUCGAGUCGGAUCGCUUUUCCGGGCAAGAUCAACGCAAGAGCCACGCAGUGCAUCGUGUCUUUUCCGGGAAAGUACAGCACCCAGUGGGACAAUGCCGUGGCCAACGUUCAACAGUUUGAAGAUUGCUCUUUGGCUUGCGUGUUCUUGACCAACGCCGCUUCAGGCUUGGGGUGCCAUACUGACAACCCCGACACGCCAGGGCACUGCUGGUGCCGGAUGAUUUAUGGAGAGCUGCCGGCAGAGACGUAUCUCAGCGUGGUGGACUUGAAGGAUGGCGCUGAUGGAGUUCUGGCCAAAGAGAAGCCUUGCCGCGUUUGUUGUUUCGCUUUGGCCAUGUCUGGAGAUUUGCACGAUAUAGGCACAUUGCAAGCGGGUGGGGGGUACUAG